CAAGUUAUUCUAAAUAAUACAAUACGCCUAUAAAAUUAGAUCAAUUAUAUGUUAAUACCAAGUAACGCUCGGGCUGUUUUCGUACAACAUCGUCGUCUUACAACGCUUACAAUUAUAAUAUAUAUACAUAUAUAUAGGCCAUCUGUACAUAUAUACUUUUCACGUACAUCAUCUAAACACAACCAUGAUGGCUUCUAACAAAAAUGAGAGUGUCCCCGUAGUCGACACACCGACUACCGAGGCCACUGCCGAGCCCACACCAACUCCGAUUAAGGUCGGUACAGGUGGGGCUAAAGCACACGUGGUCACUGACGGUAACAUGAGUGCCGAAGAGAAGGCGAAACUGCAGGGAAUGAUUGGUAACGCUAAUGCACAGGACACACGCGCAUUUGUAGGACAGAAGAACGUGACGCAGGAUGUCACCGACAUCACACACAAGAACACAGUGGUCUUCACCGGCUGCACCGAUUGUUCAUACACGCUGAAGGCCUACUGCACAAAAGUCUUCGUCCAGGGUUGCACGAAUUUCACAUUGAUAAUAGACUCAAAGGUCAUCACGUCGACCGCUGAGGUGUACAAAUCCGACAAUGUUGAGCUACACUUCAACACAAAAAUCGCAACUGUUCAACUGGACAUCUGCAAUACCGUGAAAUGUGUCUACAAAGCGAAGGACGUAUUCGAUCACAUCUUCUGGGCAGGUGUGGAAAGUUUGCAAGUGGUGGUGAACGAUCCGUUUGCAGUAUACAAUACAUCGUACAGUACCUUCAAAGCCCAGGACGACACACUAGUAUUCGAGCGAUCGCAGUUCAAGACUCACUUCUUGAAUAACAAGCUACAGACCGAAAAGGUGAUCCGUUUGGCCAAUGGAUUCCCGUCGACUCUGAGAGAGAAGACAGAGUUUGAAAGGAGAGAAGAGGACAAUAUCAACAAGUUACAGGAUGAGAUGUUCAAAGAUUUGAAUAUCCGAAUGAACCGAAAAGUCCCGGACGGGCCUAAAGUCGGUCGCAACGAGAAGUGCCCGUGCUCAAGUGGGAAGAAGUACAAGAGCUGCUGUGGCAAAUUUGCGUGAAGAUAAGGUACACAGCAAUGUACAUGUCGUAUGAAAAACUUUUGCAGUACACAAAGUUAGUAUUAAAUUUGAUCUAAUUCUCCAAGUUGGC